AAGACGGGGAGAGGUCUCCCAACGGCCACACAUGGCCUCCUUCACCUUCAACAUUCCCCCACAGCAUAAGCAUCUCUUCUUCUCAUUCAGUCUCUGUAAGUGCCCAUCUUACUCCACUUCUUUAAAGUUCAAUAAUUUAUGCCAUUUUCUCCUCCCUCCGCCUCCCAAACACACUCUUCCACCAACAGUUCCUCAGAAUUUUGUAUAUAGGGGUGGUGUUAGGCACAUACAUGCUAAGUUAUCUGCAGAAAACCCUGAAACCUCCACAAAAACUCUGAAUACAAAUACUAGGAAAGGUCAUAAUUCUUUGACGGCUGGAGAUGAGGGAGUACAGAGAAACUCUUUGGAAAAUCAUUUCGGUUCGGUAUUGAAUGAGAAGAGGGCAGCAGAGAGGUUGGCAAAGGAUAAUGACCCAAGAAACAUGGAGAAUUUAAGGUUUAAAAGAGGGAGAGAAAUGGGCUCUGGGAAUUCUUCUGUGAGGCUUAAGGAUGAGAACUGGGCAAUGAAAAGUGAGACUAAUUUAGCUGUUAGCAAAAGGGAGGAGAAAAAUAACAAGAAGGAUGGUAACGGUGUAUUGGGAGAGAAAAAGGUGGAGGAACCAUCCAAGAAGAAAAGUAAGGCUGAUUCGCCCGGCAAAACAUUGAGAGUUGAGUUGGAUAUGUGCUCAAAGAGGGGAGAUGUAAUGGGGGCAAUUCAGUUGCAUGAUAAGGCUUUGAGAGAAGGAAUUAAAAUAGGGCAGUAUCAUUAUGCUGUGCUUUUAUAUCUUUGUUCUUCUGCAGCAAUGGGUGUUGUUCAGCCUGCUAAAAGUGGGACUGGUAGUCGAACUCUGAAUGCCUUAAACAUGUCCUCUGAAACUUCAUAUGUGAAUUCCGUAGAAUUAAGUGAAUCAAUAGAUAAAGAAAACAAGAGUUCUAGUGUGAGAGAAUUGAGCAAUCAUCUUUCAAAUAAUGGGAAAUUGGUCAAUAGUGGUAGCAUUGUUCAAGAUAAGAUGGAAUUAAAAGUUAAUAAUCUAGACAGUAGUUUUGAUGAGAAGGAGAAGGUGACCCACUUUUCCAGUUGGUCUGUGACUCCAUGUUCUCAACUCUUAGAUGGUUUUGUUGACCGACAAAAGGGUGAUAUUGAUCAUUCACAUGAAGAGGAUGGAAGCAGAAGUGAAGAGGAAGACUAUGAAAUUCUGGUUACUGAAGAUGUUAGGGGGUAUUCACUCCAAAGGGGUUUUGAGAUCUAUGAGAAGAUGUGUAAGGAUAAUGUCCCAAUGAAUGAAGCAAUCUUGACUUCUGUGGCAAGAAUGGCAAUGUCAAUGGGUAAUGGGGACAUGGCAUUUGAUAUGGUGAAGCAAAUGAAGGUUCUUGGGAUAAAUCCUAGAUUGCGGUCUUAUGGUCCGGCUCUGUUUGCUUUUUGCAAGAGUGGAGAUAUUGAGAAAGCAUUUGCUGUUGAAAAACACAUGUUGGAGCAUGGUGUCAUUCCAGAAGAGCCUGAACUGCAGGCACUCUUAAAAAUAAGUGUUGAAGCUGGUAAAGGUGACAAGGUGUAUUAUGUAUUACACAAAUUAAGAACAACUGUUAGGAAGGUGUCACCUUCUACUGCAGACAUAAUUGUCAAAUGGUUUGAGGGCAAGGCAGCCUCAAGAACGGGGAAAAUAAAGCUGCAACAAAGUAAAAUAAGGGAAGCAAUUGAAAAUGGAGGUGGAGGCUGGCAUGGACAGGGUUGGUUAGGUAAAGGUAGGUGGACAAUAACACGCACAACUGUGGGAGCUGAUGCAUUGUGUAAAUGUUGUGGGGAAAAGUUGGCGUUAAUUGACCUUGAUCCUUUAGAGACAGAGAAGUUUGCUAAAUCAGUUGCAUCCUUGGCCAUAAAGAGACAGAAAAAGUUCAGCUUUCAAAAAUUUCAAAAAUGGCUUGACUGUUAUGGACCAUUUGAAGCUGUGAUAGACGCGGCUAAUGUUGGCCUUUUCAGCCAAAAGGGUUUCAAUACAUUAAAGGUCAAUGCUGUUGUCAACAAAAUACGAAAAAAGCUUCUAUCAAGAAAAUGGCCUCUCAUUGUUUUGCAUAACAGGCAUAUCACUGAACAGAUGACAGACAAACCAGUAAAUAGGGCAAUAAUUGAGAAGUGGAAAACAGCUGAUGCGCUAUAUGCAACGCCUUCAGGAUCCAAUGAUGAUUGGUAUUGGUUGUAUGCAGCUAUAAAAUCCAAAUGCUUACUUGUGACAAAUGAUGAAAUGAGAGACCACACAUUUCAACUUCUAGGAAAUGAUAUCUUUCCAAAGUGGAAAGAAAGGCAUCAAGUACGUUUCAGUUUUUCUGAUGCCAGUCCAGUGCUCCAUAUGCCUCCUCCUUUUUCAGUUGUAAUUCAGAAACAGGAAUCGGAGAAAGGCCACUGGCAUAUCCCAAUUGCAUGUGAACUUGAGUAUGAGACAAAAAGAGAAUGGUUAUGCAUUAUACGUGAUAACACGGAUGUGGUGGGACAAGCAUCUGCUACUAUGCCUGAAGCUGUGCAACCACCUAUCCAUAACCAUGGGCGUCCAACGUCAACAACUCAAACCAAAGUCCAGCAAAAGUCUCUGCCAAAAAUUGAUGGCAAGCAGGAGAAAGCACCAAAGCCUAACAAGGAAAUAUACAAAAACAUCAGACAUAUUUUGUCAGGAUUACCGUUCUCAAAUCGUGUCACAGUUCUAUCACAACAGAUUGAGGCUGCUGAGAAGCAGGGUAACUGCAUUAUUGAUUUUCAAAUAUAAAGCAAAUGGCUUUCUCAUGCAGUUCUUGAAUAUCUACAAACCUCUUACGCUGCAGCAAAAGUAACCAUUCUCGUUUGGGUGCCUUUCAAAAUUAACCAACACAUUCUUUAGUAUGUUUCCUUCUCAAAUUGGUGGGGGGUAAGAGAAGGAAGAAUGAUGAGACUUUUUUCAGAGGCAGUUUAUUCAUUUGCUUUAACAGAGUCUAGAUUUUGUGAAUUAUAAUGUAAUUAUAACUUGUAUGGGCCUUUUCAUGGAAUAUUUUGAGCUGGGAAAAGGUGACAUUAUAUUGUACCAAUACUCGUUUGUUUGCUGAGAAUAUAAAUAACAAGGCUUU